AUGUCUGACGCUGACAUUUGUCCAGAGAUCCAACAGAAUAACUUCACUCUCCUGGCUUUUUAUGUUCACCCUCUCUUCCUGGUUAUUAUCUCCCAUGGCGAUCGCCGCGUCACUGUUGCCAUACCAACCCAGGGUCCCUACUCCUGUCUGUGCCAAGGCCUCAAUAACACCGCCCUCCCCCCCACGCAACCAGGCCCGCCUUUUGUUCGCCUGUCUGGAAUUCAGCUCCUGGCUGAGGGGACCUGGGCGAGGGACAAAACACACUUCAAUGCAUUAGAUGGUGGCCGUGCCGUGCCGUGCCGAGAAAAUCAUUGGCCGGUCCGCUCCCACAGUCACCAUGGUACCCAUCAGCACAACUAUAACCAUGUGGCUCUAGGUAGCCCUACACGCACACCUAAGAAUGCUCACCGAUCUUUGAGACAUGAAAACAAUCGGAUAAGUGGCAUCCUGACCUCGCAGACGGAGCCCUACGACCUGUCUUUCUCACGCUCCUUCCAGAGCCUGUCUCACCUGCCGCCCUCCUAUGAGCCGGGCGUCAAAGCCGACCUCAGCCGGUUCUCAUCCCUGAAGAAACUCACAGAUAAAGAAGUCGACGACUACUACACUCGCAAGCGCCACCUGCCUGACCUGGCAGCAAGAGGCACUCUACCCUUGCAUGUUCUAAAACUGACCCAUGAGCAGCACAGGGACCAGCAGCUCCAGAGCCAGCCCCUGCAGUCCUCCCAGGCCCCUCCCCAGUCGCAGUCUUCACAGCCACAGUCUCAGCAAAGGCAGAGGCCCCGUCGUGUCCAGAGGGCCAUGUCCCAGGACCGCGUGCUGUCCCCUCAGAGAGCCCAAGAGCAGGAAUACAACAUAUCUUCGAAUGGUAUGUCCCCAUAUGGAGGCCGCAUCCUCUCAGACGAACAGCUCCUGUCCGCGGAACGUCUUCGAUCCCAGGAGCGUCUCCUCCCGCAGGACCGCCACACCUCCCAAGACCGUCUGUACUCUAAUGAUCGCAUUUACACUAAGGACCGACUCCUGUCACAGGACCACAUCUACUCCAAGGACCGCCACUACUCUCAAGAACACCUCUAUUCACAAGAUCGCCUGUACUCACAAGACCGCCUGUUAUCCCAGGAUCCUCUGCUCUCACCGGAAAGGCUGAUGAGGUCUUUGAAGCGUGGCAUGGUAAGCAGUGUUUCUGGCGGGUUUCGUGGAAGCGACAAGUCAAUGUCGCGUGCCAUCUCACACACAGACGUGUUCGUUCCAACCACACCACUUAUGGAUCACUACAAGAUGACCAAAAUGCACUCCCAUCCCAGUGCCUCAAACAAUGGCGGCGGGGUCGGUGUCGGGGCCGGGGCUGGAGGCACUGGGCAUUCCAACACUUUAGCCUUGAACCAGACAGCAACCAAGAGACAGGCGUUUGCCUCCAGACGGACUCACACUAUGGAGCAGCUCCACUAUAUCCCACCACACCACCAGCAGCAACCACAGCCACACCACUACCGUACAGGCAGCAAGACCGAGGUGACUGUGUGACAGCAGCCAGCCAGCUGCACGGCUGGAGGCAGCAUUGUCUAGUGACAGGUUGUGGGGGGGACAGAGGUACAUGGGUACAUUGGCCUUCCUUCAGAGUUGGAUGCAGGGUAGGAUGGUGGUGAUUUCACUCUAUUUGACUAUGUUUCUGCAAUGUCAAGGAUUCUAGAACAUCCACUAGCUUAACGCAAGA